AUGCUUUGUGAAAAGGUAACGGCUGGCGGGUUUUUAGCUUCUCGCGGAUUCGAAACGAGUUUCUCGAAUCUGUAUUCUCUCAUGGGCCUGCACCCCGCUCCCCAACGCGUCACCCUCCCAACCACACACUCUCUUUCCCUCCUAUACACCCCCACCCUCUCACCUUUCCCCUAUCCUACCCACAUGCAUCUCCGGCGGGGCAGCGUUGCGCGGCCCGGGGCGGUGCGGGCGGCAGCGGACGAGGAGGUGGAGGAGGAGCUCAUGAUGAUCGAGGAGAGCGCGGUGAGUGGCGCGGAGAGCGCGGUGAGUGGCGCGGAGAGCGCGGUGAGUGCAGCCCUGGGCGCGAUGGAGCGCAUGGAGAAGACGUUGGACAGCGUGAGGGGCAACUUCAACACGGUCAGAACGGGGCGAGCCAGCCCCUCCCUGCUGGACCGCAUCGAGGUGGAGUAUUACGGCGCGAGUGUGAUUCUAAAGAGCAUCGCUCAGAUCGCUGCCCCUGACGGCUCCAUGCUGCUCGUCACGCCCUUUGACAAAUCCAGCAUCCCGUCCAUCGAGAAGGCGAUCAUGAAGUCGGACGUGGGCCUCACGCCCUCGUCCGACGGCAACGUCAUCCGCCUCUCCAUCCCGCAGCUCACCGCCGAGCGCCGCAAGGAGCUGCUGAAGACGGUGUCAAAGCUGUCUGAGGAUGGCAAGGUGGCACUGCGCAACGUGCGCCGGGACUCCAUCAAGGCCUACGAGAAGCUGCAGAAGGUGCCGCCUGCCUGGACCACCGCAUUUGGCAUCGCUCUUGACAAUCAUUUUUUUCUAGAGUCACCUGCCUGCUCCACCCCUCUCAACGCGCCUUCCUUUACACACACCGUGACUAAGAUGCCUGCAGCCUGCCUGCGCUUCUGCUGCAUGCGCUGCAUGCCACAUGAGAAGAAGAUCUCAGAGGAUGCUCUCAAGGACCUUUCAAACGACAUCCAGAAGAUGACGGAUGACUAUGUGAAGCAGAUCGACACGGCCUUCAAGCAAAAGGAGAAGGACCUGCUCACAGUGUGA